GGUUGGAGCCACUGUCCUUUGGCUCAACCCCUGUUUCUGCUGCUGUUUACGCUAGCUCAGCCACUGCCGCCCCAAGCGGUUUCGGUUUUCUUCUAAUUUCGACGCUCGGAGGAGCAAUAGGAGCAUGCCACUUGGGAGCCAUUCAAGGAGUCACCCCCCAAAAUGUCAACAUCUUAAAGCUAGUCGUAUUUUUGAAAGGUUGGGCAUUGCACUUUCUUCUUCAAUGGCUAAACAAAAUCUUAGACAAGCUAUUGAUUUUUUGUAUUCUCGCGGCCUUGCUACUUCUGAUUCCUAUACGCGCCAUGUCCUUCACUGCGUUCGAGCAAAUGACUUUGUUCAAGCCAAGAGAUUGCAGUCUCACAUGCAACUUCACCUUUUCCAACCCAAAGACUCCUUCAUCCACAACCAGCUUCUCCAUUUGUUUGCCAAAUGCGGCAAACUCUCCUAUGCACGAGACCUGUUUGAUAAUAUGACCCACAGAGAUGUUUAUUCUUGGAAUGCCUUGCUUUCUGCUUAUGCUAAGUUGGGUUUGGUUGAGGAUUUGUGCACUGUCUUUGAUCAAAUGCCUGUUCGUGAUUCCGUUUCUUAUAACACCUUGAUUGCUUGUUUUGCAACUAAUGGGCAUUCAGGCAAGGCAUUGAAGAUUUUAGUGAGGAUGCAAGAAGAUGGGUUUCAGCUCACCCAGUACUCCUAUGUGAAUGCAUUGCAAGCAUGUUCUAUGCUCUUGGAUUUGAAGCUUGGUAAGCAGAUUCACGGGAGAGUUGUUAUUAGUGGUUGUGGGGAUAACACUUUUGUAUGGAAUGCUAUCACUGGUGUCUAUGCGAAGUGUGGUGAUAUUCAUAGGGCACGGUGGUUUUUUGAUCGAAUGACACAUAAAAAUGUUGUUUCCUGGAAUCUUAUGAUCUCUGGAUAUGUCAAAUUGGGAAAUCAUGAUGAGUGCAUUCGAUUGUUUAAUAAGAUGAAGUUAUUGGGUUUGAAACCUGACCAAGUUACAGCAUCAAUUGUUAUCAAUGCUUACUUUCAGUGUGGACAUGUGGAUGAUGCAAGGAAGAUGUUCAGUGAAAUACCUAAAAAGGAUGAGAUUUGUUGGACAACAAUGAUAGUUGGUUAUGCACAGAAUGGAAGAGAAGAGGAUGCAUUGAUGUUGUUUGGCGACAUGCUCCGUAGAGACGUUAGACCUGACAGUUACACCAUUUCAAGUGUGGUCAGCUCCUGCGCCAAGCUAGCUUCUUUGUGUCAUGGUCAGGUUGUCCAUGGAAAAGUAAUAGUAAUGGGUGUUGAUCAUAGCAUGCUUGUGUCAAGUGCUCUUGUUGAUAUGUACUGCAAGUGUGGAGUUACUUUGGAUGCUUGGAACAUUUUUGGGACAAUGCAUUUUCGAAAUGUGAUUACUUGGAAUUCUAUGAUCCAUGGUUAUGCACAAAAUGGUCAACCACAUGAAGCGUUGGCUCUUUAUGAAAGGAUGCUUCAGGAAAAUAUCAAACCUGAUAGCAUUAGUUUUGUGGGUGUAUUAUCUGCUUGUAUUAAUGCUGACAUGGUCGCAAAAGGACAUGAAUAUUUUAAUUCAAUAAGUGAACAUGGGAUGACACCAACAUUGGAUCACUAUGCGUGUAUGGUCACUCUCAUUGGUCGCUCUAGCAGUGUUGAUAAAGCUGUGGAUUUGAUCAAAUGCAUGCCUAAUGAACCAGAUUACCUCAUUUGGUCCACCUUACUCUCUAUUUGUGCAAAGAAGGGUGACAUCAAGAAUGCAGAAUUGGCAGCUGGUCAUCUCUUCAAGUUGGAUCCACAUAAUGCAGGACCUUAUAUUAUGCUUUCCAACUUAUACGCUGCUUGCGGGAGAUGGGAAAAAGUAGGUGAUGUACGAUCUCUCAUGAAUAAAAACAAUGCAAAAAAGUUUGCUGCUUAUAGUUUGGUUGAAGUUGGGAUUGAAGUCCAUAAAUUUGUUUCAGAAGAUCGUAAUCAUCCAGCAGUGAAACAAAUCUAUGAUGAAUUGAACAAAUUGAUUUCAAUAUUGCAACAAAUUGGGUAUAAUCCAGAUACAAACAUUGUUCUGCAUAAUGUGGGACAGGAAGAAAAAUUUAAAUCCAUCUCAUACCACAGUGAGAAACUAGCUCUUGCUUUUGCUUUAAUCAGAAGGCCCAAUGGAAUUGCACCUAUCAGGAUCAUAAAGAAUAUACGUGUCUGUAAUGACUGCCAUAUGUUUAUGAAAUUUGCAUCAGUCCAUAUUGAAAGGACAAUCAUUCUGAGAGAUUCAAAUAAAUUCCACCAUUUCUCUGGUGGGAAGUGCUCUUGCAAGGACCAUUGGUAAAGUCUUAAUCCAGAUAAUGAUAUCCUAUGAAUUUAAUUGUUUUGAAAUCGAAUGGUGUUGGCAAUAGAAGGAAAAAUUAAAUCUUUAUGUAAACGUGGACUCAAUAGAUUGGAAUAGCUGUAUAGCACGGGAAUGCCUUUAGAAAAUUUCUUGGGACGACACAAUGUGUUGGACUAGGAAGCAAGUAUACUCUUUGAAUUCAUUAACCAAGAAUGGACCUUGAAGAAAGAGAGUCAAGAAAACUAUCAAAUCUCCAAAACUUGCUUGAUCCAGACUAGAGGUUCUUUGUGACAUGUAAAACCUGCUCGAUUCAGACUCGAGGUUCUUUGUGACAUGUGCUGUGUCUACAUGUAACUCAAUCUUGUGGCAGUGGUAAUUGCUUGUCUCUUAAGUGGUAAAGGAAAAAUGAAAGGAGAAUUUGUCGAUAACUUUAUCAGAGAUGAAGAUGCAACACCCGAUGACCUGAGUAUUAUUGAACCUUAACUCUUCAAAUUUCAUUUACAGUACCAAUGCUUUUAUUUAUUGAAAAAUCUAGAUUCUUGAUCUCCCCCACUAAGUGUUUCAGGCAUUUAACUUCUACAAUGAGUCUAAUCAACUACGAGAUGGUUGCAAUGUUGGGGGCACAGAAUUCGUGAAGAAAUAAAUGAUCAACACAUUCUAUCAGCUCUAAUAUUAUGUUAGUAUGUUCCGUUUAUCGGAGCUUAACUUAUAACAAUGCUUCUUUAAUUAAAGUUUCUUUUUUUCCGAGCGUGCCCUAGCCAUUGCCGCGAUGUUCCUAUCUUCUUUUAGAUACUUUUGGGUGCAAGGUCAUGGUGUCUCUUCUUCGAGUUGUGGUCUUUUGGUUGUUGAGUUGAUUCCUUUUAGUAAUAAAGCAUGAAGCAUCCAUAUCAUGUUCUUGCAUAUUACUCUCUUGAAGGACAAAGAGAUGAUUUUUCGGAUACCAUUGUUAGUGUUCCUUUGGAAUUCACCAUAUGUCCAUAAACCUUUUUUUUUU